AUGGUCAUCCAUGAUUCCCUCAAGGUUUUGAGGCUCACUGCUGGACACAAGUACUGCUUGCUAGGACAGCUUCCAUCUGAAGUUGAAUGGAAUCACUAUGAGACAAUCAAGGAUCUUGAGAAGAAGAGGAAAGAGAAAGCACAAGUGGUGUAUGAAAGGAAGAAGCAGCUUAACAAACUCCGAGCCAAGGCUGAGAAAGUUGCUCAAGAAAAUUUGGGUCCCCAACUUGAAAUCCUUGCUCCUGUUACCUAUUAA